GUUCCGUUCUCGAGAAUGCCCAUAUUCGGCAGAAAGAAGCAGGAUGGCAAGGCCAGCGACAGUCCUGCUGCCGCCAGCCGCAGCCCCCUGCGAGUCAGCGACCAGAAAGGCACAGAGAGCCCGUCCUCAGCUGUGGCGUCGACCAAGUCCACAACAGUCAACGACUUCGUCAGCAAGGCCAAGCAGGGCGGCAUCAGGCCGAGUGGACCUGAGCUAGUUGCGUACGCAAGGUGCCUGCGGGAAGGCUGAGCACACUGUACUUGCUUGGGCCAUGGUGUGUGUUGAGUGUGUGUGUGGUGGAAUGGCGCAGGUAUCUGGGUAUCGACGCCGUGACCGAUGCCGACCUGAUGUGGAUAGCAGAGGAGUGCCUCAAAGCACCGCUACCACCAGGUGACAGACAAAUGGGACAAAACGGGCGCGUGUGUGUGUAUUGAAUGUGGCCCGUUGGGCGAAUGACGUCGCGCAGACUACACGGAGCAUUUUGACAGCAAUGACCGGAUCUUCUAUUACAACGCCACCACGCGCACCAGCACCUGGAUCCACCCACUGGAAAGCCUCUACAGAGACACAUACAAGGAGAUCAGGACCUUCAGAAACCAAACAGAAAUGACCGCACAAGAACAGUACGCAAACCAACAUGAGAUCGAUCGCCUGUGAGACGCCCGCACUGCGUGUAUACGAGGGCCUCUGUGUGUUGUGUGUGGUCGCAGGCUGGACAAGCUCUAUGAGCUUCGGGAUCAGGUGGCCAAGUGUGAGCGGCAGGUGCAGCGUGCGAUGAAGGAGUGGGGGGAGCACACCGACAGCGGCGGACAGCUCUUCUACUACAACAAACGGGACGGCAAGAGCUACUGGACUGACCCCAGGCCGCCCAAAUUCGCCCUUUACGCCCUCAAACAAAAGACACUCAAGAUAUGCGCACAACAUGCAGGUCAGGUAGUCACAAAAUUCAAAAACAUCCACACUCUCCCAGCACAUGUAGCACCCCCUCUCUCCCUCUCUCCCUCUCUCUCUCUCUCUGUGUGUGUGUGUGUGUGUGUGUUGAUCAGGUGUGCCAUUGUCAUCCCUGCAGGAGCCCUCAGACGACGAGCAGGACCGAUCCCUCCCGCAACGGCCGUCGGCACCGCCACAAGCCGCGACAUCCGCCGACAGGGGGGAGGACACACUGCCACCCGGGCAGGGCAGGAGAAUAAGGGGAGCGAGGCAAGCGGCUGCAACAUCAGAGUGGCGGACGGAGCUGGAGCCGCCUGUCCAGGCCGCCAGAGAGAGGCCGCAGGAGAGAAAGUGAGCUUCUAAUAUAGUAGGGAGAGGCAAGGCAUGUGUGUGGCUGGUGGGUGGGUGGUAGUGUCCUUUGCCCAUUUCCAUGGGUGGGUGGUGUGGUGUGUGCAUCUCUCUGUGAGUCUUUCUGCCUCUCUGCCUUUGUGUCUGUGCUAUGUAUAGGUCUGAAGGUCAUGUUUAUGAGUACAUGGAAGACGAGGGCGUGCUGAGCGAUGCCGCGGGGGUGCUCAGUGACGGCGGACACCAAAAGAAGAAAAAGAAAAAGAAAAAACGUUCGCACACACACACACACACUCCACUGACACUGAGACAGAUGUCUGUCUGUCUGUCUGCAUGAAACACGUGUGCAGUGCGCCCACCAGCGACAGACGGGGAAGGCAGCCCCACAGAUGAGCAGCGACACUUCUCGCCUGCACCGGUAUGGCGUCUCCGCGCCUCACCCACUCCCUUUGUACGUCUGUGUGUAAAUGGCUUUCACUCCUCCGUCUGUCCUUUCAGCAACCUGUUCCCUUCGCCCCUGCGGAGUCUCAGCCGGCCGUGGGCGGACCCGCACCAAUGCAGGCUUCCGGUGGGGAUCGAUUAACUAACGAAAGAAAACAAGAAGGGACCCGCCAAUGAUUGACGGAUGGAUGUGUGUAUUUGCUUUGCGCCAUGUGUCAGGAUUUGGGGCGCUCAGCGAGCAGGGGCGGGCGAGGUAAGCACCACACACAUACACACACACUAUGUAAUCUGUGUGUAGCUAUGUGUGAAUGUGUGAAUGUGUGCAGGGUGAAGGCGGGUGUUCGCUUGGCUCCCCUUGACGCCAGGCUGCCCGCCCUGCCCACACUUAGUGGGCCGGGGACGGGCCUGCCAAUGCCUCCCGGACUACUCAGGUAGACAGACAGACGGACAGGUGGACGUCUUUGCUCUGAUAUCGGCUGCUAGCGAGCCCAGGACUCACAUGCCGUGCCGUGCCGUGCCG